AUGGUUUAUAUCACAUCGUGGGACAAUUUCGUGGAAAAAUCCGUCAAAUUGUUUCGUGCCAAUCCCGAGAGAACACGAUAUGGCAUGAAAUACAGACAUUGCGACGGUAAAUUGGUUCUCAAGGUCACUGAUGCAAAAGAGGCAAGGGAGGAGGUGCCAUGGGCGCCUACUAUCCGUGAAGGCGAUGCAAGGGAGAAGGUAGGUGUUGGGCGCGUAGCUGAGGCUCUGAGCGCGCAUGUGGGCGACAUGAGGGAGGAGGCCCAGGCGGGAAGGGCGACAGUCUAG